AUGUCGGAAAUAUUAAACUACGUUGAAAAUUUUCAACUGUUUGGAGCAUGUUUAUCAUUGACAUCAAAUCCAAUAAUUAUAUUUUUAUUGGUUUUCCAAGCUCCGUCAAGUUUUGGAAGUUAUAGAUAUCUUAUGAUAAGCUACACAAUUAUCGAAAUAAUUUAUUCGUUUUCUUUUUAUUUUUCGGAUAUGUCAGCUCACAGUACAAAUACUUCUUAUGUUUUAUUCCGAAAGAAUAGUGGAUUGAACAGAACAAUUGAAGAAGUUUUCCUACGUGGGUUUAGUUUCACUUUGAUUUAAAAUCAAAUAUUAUUUUUAGUCCAAUUUUGUGUGAUGUACAUCACAUUAAUCGGUCUUCUUUGUGUUCAUUAUGUCUAUCGAUAUAUUGUUAUCUGCCAAAGUUCACUACUUCCCAAAAUAUUUUCCAAAUUCAAGACUUUCACCUGGGUGUUUGGUUGUCAAAUAAUUGGAAUUGUUUUUGGAAUUUGGAAAUAUAUUCUAUUCAAAGAAACUGAUUACACAACAAACAUACUUCGUCAUGAUAUCCAAAAAUAUUAUAACCUUUCGAUGGAACAAAUAAUCUAUAAUGGACCAGUUUACAGAGUUUUUGAAAAUCCAAAUUCAGUCAAAACUCCAAAUUCAUCUAUUCUAGGAAUGUCAAUUAUUAUUGCAUUGAUGGUAGGAAUUUAUAACAUUGAAAUAAUAUUAUCUAAAUUUUUUCAGUUUACAUCUUUUACGACAAUGAUUGUCUGCGGAUACAAAUGUUGUUCUAAAAUCGAAACGAAUAUUUUCCUGAGUUCUCGUGCAAAAUCUGUCCAAAAACAACUUUUUGUUGCUCUUCUUGUACAAUCUUUGAUUCCAAUUAUUUUCAUGUAUAUUCCAGUUACUCUUCUUUUUCUCUCUCCAGCUUUCGGGAUUGGUUUUGGUAUUUAUGCAAACAUAAUAAUGAUUUGCCUUUCAAUUUAUCCACCGAUUGAUCAAUUUGUUAUUAUUUUUGUUAUUCAAGAUUUUCGGCAAACAAUUAGAAGUUUGUGAUUUUUAGAUUAGCUGCCUUAACAUAUAUCUUAAUUUUUUCAGAACGGAUCUGCUGUGGAUACAGUAUCACAAUCAAAAAGAAAUAUUCUGAUUCGCCAUAA